AUGACUACCAUUCAGGUGACCAUACUCCAACGUUGCUGUUCCAGUGGUCAUUUUCAGUCAGAGUUCUUUAUGCCAUUCCUAUUUUUUCGAGUGCCGGGUGUUAUUUACACCCAGAACUGUACUGGCCAAACCAACUGCGAAACCAACGUGGGUAGUUCGGCUCCCAGCGACGAGUCGCGACGAGACCGGGCGAUCCGAUCUCCGCUCGGUGCGGGCAAUGAAGGCCAGCGUCUUUCUUUUGCUGGCACAGGCAGAAAAGCAGUGCAAAUGAUUAGACACUGGGCGAAAGAGUGCUCAAGUCCGCCAGAUGCCUAUAUGCUCGUAGCAAAGGACUCUCCACCAAGACGGACUUCUUUGUGUCCGGUGAGAAACGUGGGGCAGUAUUGCAACGUUUGGAGCAGAGCCUGA